AUGGUGCUUUCCGGGGUCCCUGUCGUCGCGAUGAUACCUGGGAUAUCCAACAUGGUGGACAUUGGAGGGUUGUUCGAGUCUUCUCGUCUUCUGGACUGGGAAUUAGACUCGAUCAAAGCCAACCAAGACGAAACACUAGCAAGAUCGCUCAUCAAUUACCGCCAUCUUAAAACUGAGAUACAAAGUCAGUGCUUCUCGCUAAGCGCUCAACAAGAGAGACUCGAUGAAGAAAGUACGGAGAGCAGAGUUGAACCCUUAACUGUCUGGGUUAUGGGGUCUUGGGGAGCUCUCGAAUCGGUGGAUGGAAGAACCGAAGAUGCCGAGGAAUAUGCCAGGAAGAAGCGGGAAUUGGACAAGAAAAUCGUGAUGCUGAAGAUUCAAGUGUUGUGUUUAAAACAAGUACACGUGAGUUCCUGUAUACAGCAAAUUCAAGUAAGCGUCACGUUUUCAUUUUAGUUGUUCAUUCGUCACCUUUUAUACAUUAAUUUAACAACGCUGAAAAGACAUUCUUGACAGUCAAGACGGUCUAUAAGUCACUUUGGAUAAGAAAAUAGACUGGCUGUAACAGUACACAGGGCCAUUCCAUUUUAUAUCGCCCUUCCCCCUCCUCCCACAGAUGAAAUUUUCUGAAGGGGUCUGAUCUGAGAUUUUCCAUGGGGGUCAACACUAGGGUAUUACUCUGUGAGCUGAGAUUUCUUUCUGGGUAGGCUUUUAGUUUUUAUAAAGUCAUUUGCAUCACUGACAUUCAUGGGGCUUAAACAAGUCAGCUAUGCAGUCAGUGACAUGAAUGACUUUGUAAACUCUAAAAGCCUUCCCAGAAAGAACCCUAUGCUCAAAGGGUACCUGGAGAAUUUUUACGAAGGCAAUUGUUAUCCAAAAAGAAAAUACCAUUUUUGAAGGAGGAGAAUACUAAGAGUAAGGAGAAAGUUUCAUCAUCAAUAUACACUACAGAAAUUUUUGACACGGCUCAGGUGAAGUUGGUAUGGGUGCCAAAAAGGAGCUUGGCAAAUGUCAUUUACACUACACCACUAAAAAUAUACAGUGCCCAACUUUUUUGGCCCUGUAGGUUCUCUUGGAGACAUGCGCAGUUUAAAAGCAAAGAUGGCGGAUGAAGAUAUGUUUAUUUCACAAAGCUCAAAGCUUAACUAUCGACACCAAAAUUGGGAACAAUUUGCCAGUAAGACUCCUCUGCCUUACAAAAUGGAAGAUAAAAGGGGAACGUUUCACGUUUCUAGCGGCUAUGAUGAUAAAACCACCCACUGAUAGAAGAGUUUGGACAUUUCUGUAUACCAGUGACUGGCUUUGAAUAGCCAAGACAACUUUCAAAGUGGAGAACGAGCAGUCAUCUUGAAAUAUUUGCAAGAAAACCCUAGUAUUUAUGAAUAAUUUUAAAGGCUCACGUUUGGCCCGCCAAAGUGUUUUCACUACUUGUUCUGUGUGAGCCAUACCAAUUUUUCAGCACCUGUAACAUUUCACCAAUGGUCGGACUACCUCAUCGAAGGUCCCAACACAGGUAAAAAAUUUUGGCUUGGCACAGAUGAAAUUUGGUACAGACAGGUUGUUUACACUGCAAAUUUUAUCCGAGCCAAACCUUCCUUUUGGGGACCCAUUCCAAUCUCACCUGAGCGGUUCCAUAAAAUUUCUGUACUGUAAACCAGGCUAUAGUUUUUCUGAUAAAGAGUGCUAUUAGGGUAAAAAACACUAGAUUUAAAAGGAUUAAAAAGGCUCUUUUCAGAAGGGGGAAAAAUAUCCCCAUGUUUCAUACUGAAAAGGUUGAAUAGUCUGUACUGUAACUUGUUACUGUUGUGGCUCAGUUUUAUCCUUGGUUUAAUUUUUUCCCUUUGUUUCAAACUCAUCGCCAUACCUGUACAUAUCCCCCCAAAAAGGGAAAAUAAUGUUUUAACUAACUGCAGCAUCACCAUUGCAGUAAUUGGAAUAGUGUUUUAGAAGUAUAAAUAUAAAACAAAUCUUUCGUCUUUUUCAUUUUAAAUCUUUAUUCAGGAAAUGGCAACAUUAGGCAGUAAGGCACCCACUCCUGCUGCUUUGCAGUUUCACAAAUUUCAAGAAUGGUCGCAGUCGAAUCAACAAAUAUUCAAACUACAGUCCAAAAUACUUGAUCUAGAAGCAGCUAAAAUCAGGUACAGUAUGUUAAAAAGUUGUUAUGUAAUAUGUUCAAGAAACAUGAGACAAAAAAAAAUUGGUCACAUAUUUUUAAUUUAAAAAUAUGAUGUGUUAGUGGAGCAUUUUUUACAAACACCAUUUGGAGUAUUUUAUGUAUCUUCUAAAAAAAAUAGUCAUUUAGAGAGGAGGCCGUUCGCAGAAGAAGUAGUACCGUUAUCAAAUUAAAGCAUGGUUGGUUUACUUUUUGUAUACAAAAAGUGCACACUGUUUAUACAACACUGCUCUGGUGUAUAUAUUUAGUGUACCUCAAAAAUACAUCAGAGAAAAUUCCCUCUUGCCACACUACCUCUGAUGUAUACUAUUUGAAUGUAUAGAUCACUGGUUUUCAAGGCUAUGAUGUAUUCUUUGUGUAUGCAGCUCUAUUGGACUCUAGUGACCUAACUGUUAAAAGGUGGUGUCAAUAAAUUUGUGUUAUCUAUGUGCAGAUUACACAAAGAGUUCUGUGUACGAGAAGGGAAAGAGUCAUCCCAGUCUUCUGUAACAACAAGACAGUCCUUUACUUCACAUCUGGAAUUAAAGCUGGGUGCAAAAGAGCCAGACAGCUCCUCAGGAGAGCUGAAACUUGAAGAACUUGUUGUAGUGUCAGAAGGUGCAAUGGCCAUUGCAAGUAUUUUAGACACAUUACUAGACACAAGCUACUCAAACACAAGCUUUGAAGCUUGUAAGUUGAAGGCUUACAUACGUGAAUGCUGGGAUGUGGAGAGCAUAGAUGAUGAGUUCCCUACUGGAGUACAUCCUGACAGAUAUCAGGAAUUUGUUGGCGGAAUGGCGCAAUAUAUUGUUGAUAAACAGCUCUUGCAUGAGAGGGAAAGCCUGUCUUAUGACAUGGUCUAUGUAAGUUACGUGUUCAGUCACUUCAGUGAAGUCUAAUCAUUAUAGUUUCUGUAUUUAUAAUGUAUGCUAAUUCUGAAGCAGAUCAAAUCAAUCACUUCUUUGCUGUUACUAGUUUGCAUUUCUGCGACAAUAAUUAUUAUUGGCAUAAAGAAGUUCUUAUAAUAUUAAAGAAGUUGUCUCAUGAAAUUGUGUGGAAUGUCAAAAUAACCACUAGUCUUAAAACAUUAAAAGAAGGUAUAAAUAGAAUAAUAAUACAAUAGAAGGCAGGACUGGACUAACUUGAAGAAGAUUAAAACAGAUUGAAAUUGAGGUUUUUGAAAACUUGUUAGCCUAACAGUUUUUCAAAGUUUAUUCUUGACUGGGUUGUCCCUAAGAUUUCAAGUUGCCAGGUAAAUACAAUAAGUAGGUGGGGAAUCAAACAGCUACACACGUAGGGAUUUUUUUGGUUCUAUAUUUCCUCUAUUUUCCUUUGAAAGUAGCUAAGGCUAUGUUCAUAUAGUAGCCGGUAGAAAUCCCCUAUCUCUGCCUCUUAAUGACAGCCCUGCUUGAUGUCUGUAAUGUUUGAUAAUGCUUAGGAGAGAUAUUUCUUUGACACGGAGUUGUGAUUUUGUAAUUUACCAGUAUUGUUCUCACUAAUGUUAAGUUUUGUUGAGAAUAAACACUUGUAAAUGGCAAUAUUAGCAAAAUAAACAAGACAGCCCUGAUAGUACAGCCCCUUUGAGAGAAAUCACCUUCAGUUGUUAUUUUUGUAGAGUAAACUGGAGCAGUACUUAAUGCCGUCUAUCUACAGUCUCGUUCAAGAUCACAUUAGUAAGCCUGAAGAGAACAACAGAAUCUCACAGGUUUAUUCAAGCCUUGAGCAUAUCACUCAGAUGCAGUUUGGCAUUAGUCCAGAGUAUCAAGACGACAGUGUUGUGCCUUUUUAUGCAGCAGUGGGAUGCAUGAAGAGUAUGACGCUGUCGAUACUUCCUUCGCGGAAGAUUCAUGCUAUUGUAAGUGCUGCACAGUCUGUGUUCAAAAAGCUGAAUGAGCUAUCGAUGUUGGAACACUCCAGACCACCAGGGGCAGGUAGACAUUAUUUAAAAACAAAUUCUCCUUUGUUGUUCCUAGUAAUGGAGAGUAAUAGCUUAAAUGUUAUGAGAAACCAUGAUCUUGGGCAUUCCUAACCUGUUUUUAAUUAUCAUAAAGCCCUCACAAUUUCUGAGCAUUGAUUACUACAGUGGGAGGUUUACUCUUUAUUAAAAGCUUAAAUGUUCAUUACUUGUUAGUAACAACAUUAUUUUCCAGUAAUGGAAGCCACAAAUUUUUAAAAACAUCAAAAAUAUUAUUCACUAAGUGUUAAAAAAACUAGUAAUAUCAGGUGAAAGUUCUGCUAAACAGGUUUUACUUGACUGGUUAUACCAUGGGAUUUCUUCCAUGCACAUACAUUUCCGACUAAAGGGUUAUGGGUGGUUGUUGUAACAGAGUUUGGAUGGUGUUUAACAAAACCACAUUCUAGGCCAUUUUCAAUCUUGCUAACCCUGAUUUCUAAACAUUGUUUAAUGUCAAAUGUAACUAGAAGGCUUUAACAGCCAUGAGGCUUUACAAACCAUCCAUAAAUCCACUUGCAAACAGAUUUGGCGCACUGACUUUCUUAAACUGCACUUUAACUUGCUGACUUCAUUCAAAUAAAAUUAUCCCUAGUGUAUUAUGCAUUGACUUGAAAGCAGUGAUUUUUUGUAAUGUUUUCUCACUCUCUCCCUCUUAACAGAUGAGUUCAUGGAUGUUUGGGUUUAUGUUGUUCUCAAAUCCAGAAUCCCUAACCUGGCCUCAACAGUUGCAUUUUUACGCAGGUACUCCAAUCCUAACCUGGCAUUCUCUGAAGCAGGAUAUUACCUUGCCAGUGUGGAGUUUGCAUGUCAGUAUCUGCGGCAGAUAAAUGAACAAGACUACAGAAACAAGUCACCACUAUUAGGGGAAAAGAUUGUUGUUUGUGAGCAAGACAGGUUUGCUAAGAUGGCAGAAGAGGAAGAUGCAGUAUUUGAACUUGUUUCAGUAGAUCAGUGGCUUCAUGGUUAUGAACUGUUUGCUGUGAAGGAGUGGCACUUGGAUCCAACAAGGUAAUAACAGGUUACUGUUUCAGGUGAUAUGCUUGGGUGCACUAUGUCCUGAUUCAUUGUUGCUGUGGGAUACUCAGUUGUACAAUUUAGUGAGGUUUUGCUACUGCAGAGCACAAUCUGCCAUUCCCCCCUCCUUUUUCCAAACCUGGGGCCUGUUUCUCGGGAGUCCCAAUAACUUUUCGGACCCGAAAAGCUGUUUUAUGUUUGCUGUGUUUGCAUUUAAGAUUAAAAGUUUCAAUCAUUUUGAAAAUGAUACAAUGAAAAUAUCAGUUAAGGAAGCAAAAUUGGCCGGUUUGUGGGCUAGGAACUGUGGUACUAUUCAACUGGUUUUGAUUUGAAAAUUUGCCUUCGGACCUGAAAAGUUAUCGGGCCUUUUGAGAAACGGGCCCCUGGUCAAUAUUUUAUGACUGAUUUACUUACACUGUAAGUGUCACUGAUUACUUUUGGUUUGCUUGACUUCUUUAUCUUUUGUUUGAAAAUGAAGAGAAGACCUGUAAGAUGUUUAUGUGCUUCCCUUGGAGCUUCAACUUUAGUCAACUAAGAUACCCCAUUGGUUAGAUUGAGCAGAGGAUGAUUUGUUACUCAAAUCUGAUAGUAGAAGGGUCAACAAUGAAUGGCCUAGGUAGCAUGAUCGUCUUGGUGGUCGUAGUCCUAAAUAGGUCUGUUGUUGACAGUGACUGAUAUUUCGACAAUCUGUGCGGUAGUCAUCUUCAGAGUAGAUUACGUCAGUUGAUGGUAUUAGGAUCUGUUGUUUGACCUGAUCGGUCAAUUAAGUCGUGAUGUUAUUGAUCGUCUAUCAUGUAAGCCAUGAUGUUGUUGGCUAUGAAGACUCUAACUGUUGUUGACGCGUUUUGAUCCGUCUUUUCUCACAGUUGAGCAGUCGUUUACUGUUAGUCAAAUUGUCGGUUAUCUGCGAGCAAGCUCUCCAUUUCGACUGGCACGCAAGGCGAGCCGUGAGACUGCGUGAGCAGGCGUUGACUUUUCACGACUCCCUCAAGUGGAUAGCUUGCUCGCAGGCCCGAUGGCCGUAUAUUGGCUAAUGCUUUCGUUACUAAUGUUGGUAGUGUCUAGCUGAGUUUGGUAAAAGUUACUUCAUAAAAUCCUUGUUCGUAAAUUGAUCUUGGUUUACACUAUCUUACUAUAUUUGUAGGUCAGUUUAUCGGACUGUCCUUGUACCUUCAUCCGACACAACAAAGAAAGUCAAAGUUUCUGUUAUCAAGUUGAAAGCAGAAAAAACUUCACUGGCACAAAUAGAAAUGCUUGAACAAGAGUUUCUCUGCCCAGGAAAUAAAAACGGUUUGCUUUGCAAUCACACGGCCUGUGGUAUUACAGUGACGCUAAAUGUGGAUCAUGUAAGGGAUGUGAUCACCCUAAUUCAAAUACCUGAUGGCGAAUAUGAUGCAUAUGAACAUUUAUUAGCAAGCUUUUGUUCACUGGACAAGCUGGCAUGUGGCUAUACUCCCCCUCCGAGAAAUUCACCUGCAGUUAUUGUAGAUAUGAGCACUGUUUCAGAAACCUUGGAAAGAAUAGAUGAUAUCGUGUCCAAAUCAUACAGUGCCCCCAAGUCUCACGGUGGUGGAAUUCAGGAUUUAAUCAAUGCACUAAUUGUAACUCUCAAGAGACUGGGGUAUUUGAGUUCUCUGAUUGAAUCACCUCUGAUUUACUCUAAGUUAAUUCAAAUGGCUGUUCAGAAGUUUCAGAUUGAUUAUAAUUCAAACUGUAAAUUAGCUGUACCGUUACUACCGAGUGAUGGCUUACUGUGUCCGGACACAUGGAAAUUAUUACAGCGUAGGCUUGCAAGAGAUGCAGUGGGGGAGUAA